AUGCUGACGCUAUUCUGUCUGUACUUCAACAUUCACCCCAUCUCGAUCCUGUUCUUCCUACUCGUCGCUCAGCUCGUCGUCAUUCACUCAUUUCUGCCACCAGAUCGGUGCGACGAUCCUUCGGCCGUUCUCGCCGUCCUGCUCGCCCUCCUCAUGCCCAUCUUCUCCAUCAAACGGUUCGUUUCAUGUUUUUCUUUAAUCUGCCGGGGAGGGGGGUGUCAGCUGUUCUAAUGAGGUCAGGAGUUGCUCUCGUACGUGAGCUUCCGCGAAGAGGCGCCUGGUCCCGCCGGCAGAGAUCAAUCUGUCCACCUACCAGAAUAAGUUAUUCUGAUCUCAAAAUGUCCACGGAUCUGACCAGGUGAGGGCGUCAAAAGAACGGGUUCAUUGCGAUCGCUGAUCUUUGGGACAUCGUUGCACAGACUAUAACGAACGAGCAACGGAAAAAGAGAGAGAGAGAGAGAGAGAGAGAGGGGCUCUCGGGGGUCAGUCAUGAAACUCCCAUGUUGCACCUGUCGCCCACAAAACACUUGUUUGUGUUGCUUGCCGUGCGAGAACUGCCCUCUAAAUCACGUGUCCCACAUGACCAUUUCCGAAAACUCGGACUGUUUUUUGAGAGUGUGCGGCUUCUGGAUGCCGUCCCGAUGGUUCCCCAUUUCUAAUUUAUAUCUGUUCACGUUUUAUUCAUUUUCAGGAACGAAGACGGAAUGAACGGGGUGGCCCGUCGGAAGCAGUUCAAACUGCGUCCGUGGCAGUCCACUGCGCUCCCUUUACGGCACGAUCCCUACAGUUGGUGAGUCAUUUUUGUCCGUUUUCAUUUCAGAAGGUCAACUUGUGAUUGCUCUAAAAAUUUGAAGGGGAAUGUGCGAGUGCGGCAGUGUGAGAGUCGCAAACUCCUCAAAUAGAAAAGAAAAACAGAAAAUUAGCCGUUCCUAACGUUAGUCGUGCUGUGAAGAAUAACUUAUCUUUCGAAGGGAAAAAUCGUGAGUACUGUAGGUUACUACGGUAGAAAUGGGAACGGGGGCCUGCGUUUUUCGACUGUCCUGGCCGAAAUGCUCUAGGUUGAUCUAAUCAGAAUCAAUUAUUGUCUCCGCGUUCGCAAUCUCAAUCUCAUCUGCGAGCACCAAAACAACAUCCUUGUGCCAACUCGGUUAGUACUGCUUGUUUUCUGCGGAGAUGACGACUCUUUUCGGCCGCCAAAGCAGCCUGCACAAACACAAUUUUUUCACGUUCAUCUGAAAGUAGAAAUCAUCGUGUUCGACCCUUUCUAUCUCCUCUCUGCCCUCCCUCGCUCCCAAUCUUUUGAAUUUGCAUAUGAAAGCGACGUCACCAGUCUUUCUCUCCUUUCCCGUCAUUUCCCAGUCUUUCAUAUUCCAUUCGAUUCCGUUUUUUUCCCGCUGCAUUAUGGUAACGCGAUAUGUGUGCCAGCCAUUCGCCUCGUGACAGAGACCUCACGCAUUUUAUUCUGAAACGUCUUCUUCCUCGUUCCUCCAAGCACCCACUUUUCUCUAAUCUACCACAAAGUGUUCCUCGUUUGUGCGGUCGAAUCAGCCGAUGAUGGAAGCCGGGAGGAACUUGUUUGACGCGAAAAACUCUCCGUCCGGUGCACAAUUCCACAGCAUAAAUAUUCGAUGUCCGAUAUCGGAAACUUCCGUUUCUCAUUCGCUUCCUCAUCAUUGCUCCGCUUUUGAUUCCGAUUCUCAAUUCUCUGCGCCGAUUCGGAAAAUGACGUGAUGCUCUUCAAACAGUGCUGAAAUGGCCGCUUCUGCCAGCGCCCCGUCAUUUCUCUCUCUUUUUCCGAACCGAGGGCGAAGAAAACUGGGCAUAUCCGGUCUAAUCGUCAUCACUCGGUGCUCUGCUUCUCUGCCCGUCUCGAAUCUGUUAAAAGCGGGUCCUUCCGCCGUCUCUUUUUGUGCCCUUUCCCCCAAAAUGAGCCCAUGUUCCAGUGGGCUCCGAUUGACACGCAAGUCUUUUUUUGGAGUCCUCUGUGAGUUGAUUCGCCCUGAUUGUGCUCCAUUCCGAAAUGCAUGCUCUCGGCUCUCGAGGUGACGCGCCAACAAGUUGAAAUACGAAACGGGCGGUGCACUCUUGAUUCGCAUCCUAUCUGCCGACUAAUCAUUCAUUCGUUUCCCGCUUCCUCGCCUUACGUCUGCUCUUUUUUUGCUGAUUUCUCCAUUUCCUACAUCUUGACUCUUCUCUCUUUUUAGGCUUAGUUUCUUCCUUUUCCCUCUUCUCCGUUUCUUCCCUUACUCUCCUUCUCCUUCUCUCUUGUUGUUCUUUCUCAUCCAUCGAAUUCGGUUACUCCUUCAGAAGGAUUAUCCAAUUUUAUCAAGUUUAGUGCCCAAACUUCCUGGGGGAUCUUCACCGUAGCCACCAUCUUUUCAAUUUCCAUCGUGCAAAACAGCUGGGUCGUAAAAUCGGAGACGCGUUUCCCGUGCGGCUUCUCCGCUACUAUUCAGUAUAGCUCCAGGAGCCUUCCAGUGCCGAUCCCGACCUGUUUCGACCGGAGGAGAUCAGCUCCCUUCCCGAAAUUCGAUAGGUCCCUCCCUCGCUCUCUUGCUGCAUAAUGUCCACAUUACAAAGGAAUCUUGGGCGCUGUCGUCCCUCUUUUAUUAUUUAUUUAUAAGAGCCGGCAGUCUCCUCGUUUGCUCCAAUCCCUCUAAUUGACACGUUUCUGCCGUUUUCGAAGUUCACAGCUGUGCAAAAUAGACGUCAGCCAGUCAGUCGCCACUCUCGCUCAUCCAGUUAGUCUGUUUGAAGCGAACGUACAGGCACACACACAAAUAUUUACAAUUUCUCCUUUCCUCCCUUCUUUCCUUUUCAGACAUUUCGCACGCAGUGAGAACUCGAACUAUACCCAUACAUUUUCGAAUAUUCCAUACUUGGCACAUGACAAUGCGAUGUUGUUCGGUAGUCGUUUUCUAUUUAAAUAAUCGUCGUUUUUCUACGUAGUUAUCAGCGAUUAAAGGUUUUUCGAUCGAUCCCCUCCACUUUUCGAAUCCGUUCAGGCACUCACAGAGGAAGUUCCGGACCCUUUGACGGACGAAUGGGAAGUAGAAAGGGGCACUCAUUCGAGAAUGGAAUAUGCGCGUCAGAUGGGCUCUCAGGGUCUCUCCGCAUGCCUCCAAACUGCUCCGUCUCAUGCACUUUCUCUCGAUUAUCUUGCUGAAAUACCCAGUUGAUUUCCUCGAAAACUCUCAUUUCUUAUUCCUUCCAUUGUCAUUUCUCAAAAGAAUUUGUUUGUAGUAGUUUCAGCCCUUCUCUAAAAUUCACUUUUAUUUCUGUGACUCUCAAAUAAUGUAGGCGUAUUUAUUUGCUUUCCGAAAACCAGAGGGAAAGAAUUAUAAAUUCUGAAGUCGCAUGGCUGCAAUUGGCUCUCAGAGCAAAGCGGGCCUUUCAUGAAACAAGGGCAGUGGGUAGGCGGCUGAAUGGGCGAAGGCCAGUACCUUUCGGUCUCUCCCUCUCCCGCCUAACUUAUCUCAACUCAUUUCCAAACCGCAUAUGUGCUCAGGCGCUGCUCUUCCAUCCGAAAUGGUUUAUUUGGGAUGCAGUCAUUCGGCGCUUCUCCAUGCCCAUUAUUGCCUUUUCGAGUGGCUCCAUCUACCGUCCUCCCCUUCCGUCGUCGUGCCAAGAGGGCUGUAAUGAAGGCUUCGAUGACUCGCAUUCCGUCCGCCGCUCGUCUAGAAUUCAUCACUCUCCCGACGCCCUACAUAGUUAUGUUUUGUAUGACACCUCGUGAUAAAACAAGUUCUAGUCUCCCACUUCCUGCCCCUCUACGACCGUCCUCUCGUGUACUAAUAUCGUUCUCUCUUCGUGAGGUCGAGUUAGUCCUCGUUCUUUUGCUUAUCACAAUUCGUCCCUUGAGGUAUACUCAAUGAUAUACUCCCCUAUUCCCUUGGAUUGUCUGGACCCGAAUACAAUCUUUGUUUUUUCAUGAGAUUCACUCCUACAUUCACUUCCAUACUCCAAAAACAGGAGCUAAUUCGAUCUUGCUGUGGUUACGGUACUUUCUAGUCAGGCUGAAAAGUUGUGAAGGAAGGAAGCAGAUGGAGCACACCUCGAACCUCUCUCUCUCUCUCUCCUUCCGUUCUCUUUCUUUCAGCCAACACCUUCCUCCUCUCUCGCUCGCUUCUUCUCCUUCUUCUUCACUUUCACUUCGUUCUCUUCCUACAGUAUCCCUGCAGAGUAGUUCGUGCCCCCGGUCCCUCCAGAAGACGCCAGCCGGCCUCCAUCGUCUUCAAACUGCCGACCACCGCCUACGACUCGAGCCGCGGCGUCUCGUUCCAAAUCCACGACGACGACAUGACGUCCAGAAGACACACCGUGUGGUUCGUGCCAGGAUCCAGGAGGUAAAUCAUGAGAACGUCGUUCGAUUUUGCAUGACUAAUCACUGGGGAGUCUAGACACCUCUCUGAAACAUGAGUGUUCUUGUAGUGGACGGAGAUUUAUGAGUGUGUUUGUAGAGUUGCUAUGGAGAUCGAGCUGACUUUACCUCAGCUCACCAUUUGUUCUUCUUUUGCUCAUCCCGGCUUCUCGCUCUGUUUCCCUACUCCAAUUUCCUCUUUCUACCGUAUCCUUCUUCCCUUCUUGUUUCAUUCCCAAAGCCUACAGUAAGCCGCUAACUGUGCGAUAGAGCGCACUUUCUAAUACUGAGAAACAAUGAUUCCUUAAUGACAUGGCGUUGACGGCGCAUUUGCGAGAGAUUGAGAGAGAAAGAAGGCAAUAGCGAGUAAAUAUAAACAAAAUAAGAUUCCAGAGUUGUGCAGAGAGUGGAGAUUUUCGUGCGUAUGUCUUCAAUGUGUGCGUGUGUUUGAGUGAUUGUGUAAAAACGGGCAGUCGAAAAAUGUAGUAAGGAGAAGAAGAAGAAGAAGAAGAAAAAGAUGAGGGAGGGGAGUGCCAGAGGCUUUUCGAAAGAGGAGGGACCACUGAUGAGAGACGCAGUGAUAUGCAACAAAAAUGGGGAGGGGGAAGGGACCCGGUUAGUCUGUGGAGGGCGUGGCGCAUGUGCGGGCAAGAGACUCACGAAACUGGAGACGUAGACGGAUAGAGCGGAUUGAUGGCUAGGCGCGAGCGCUGCCGACGACGAAGAAGACGAGUUGGGGCAGCAGCAGAAGCAGCGGAGCAGAGCACAGAGUCGCGGGUUGUCGUGUCCUGCCAGGGGCCACUCUGCUCUGCUCUUGUUGUCGUUCGUCAUAUCAAAUGCCACGAAGACGCGGCUCGUCGUCGUCGUCGUCGGCGGCAGGUGGUGGCGGCAGUGGCGGAGGCUUCGGCCUUUCGAGUCUCCGACGCGAACUCCACCUCCACAACUUCUUCCGCACCUCGUCGCCGUCGGCGUCGUCGUCGGCAACGAGAACGCCUUCCGCCGCAUUGCCGCCGCGAACAGCACCUACUAGUAUUCCGGGCAGUAAUCACAAGUUGACCUCGUCCUCUUCCUAUCAUCCGCCACGCGAGCUUACCGUCUCGACGUUCAGCGCCGGCUCGGCAACUGCAGCUGACGGACUCGGAAGCGCCCAUCUGACGCCGUCGUUGUCGUCGUCAGUACACGCGAGAAGGGAAUCGUUCCUCUACCGCGCCAGUGAUGAUCUUCGCGAAGCCUCGUCGUUGCGGCCAGUCAGUCGGGCGUCGUCGAUCGCGUCUAACGAGCACGGGUACGUUUCCACUUUUUCUCAUAUUCCCAUCAUCGCCUCUACCGAAAUACUGCUAGUCGCUAACGCUGAAUCACGCCUUCUUCUGACCGGCAUGCACUGACUCUUUCGCUAAGUUCCGAUCGCCUCUAUCCCUGAUUUGUUAUCCAUUUUUUCCUGUUCGUUCACCCCACACUUCCGAUUCAGUUUAAUCCAAAAAGGAAGUGCUUCGCUGUAUGAUCUUCCGGCUGAUUCUCCCCUCCCUCUCCCUCUCUCUUUCUAUUCACCACCAUCAUCCCAUUUGUAUUCUAUACAACACAAAAAUGUGUUUUCCUAUCAUUUGCAUAUGAGUUUGUGUCGAGUGGUGAAAGGGGUCUUGUUGCAUGCAACAAAAAAGCGAACAUUGUGUUGUCGUCGUGCCAAUGUCUGCCAAUAACUAGACGGACCGGGGGAGAUGCUGCCACCGACAGCUUUCUGGAAUUUCUCAAAGUGUAUCAUGGCUAUUGUCUUCCAGUUGCUGCUGACACCUUACGGGCUCUCGGAGCUUCUCCUUCUGCUUCCUCUUCUUCUCCUUCUGCUUCUCUACUCAUCAGCCAACACGAAAGCCAAAUUAUCGUGUUGUUAUUUCUGAGAAUCAAAGAAAGAAUUGUGAGGAGAAGGAGGGCGAGAAGCAGAAGGAGAAGAAGAAGAAGAAGGAGAAAAAGAAGAGAAGUUGUGACGGCGAUUGUGUGCGCGAGUAGAAGACGAGGAGAGCAGCACAUGUUUGAGGUGUGACCGAUAUGAGCCCCCUGAGGGUGGCGGCGCAAGUAAGAGAGUCCGGGCCGCUUCGACACAAAACAACUCUCGCCCGCACAUGGCCGAAUCGCAUUUGUGUUGAAGAGUUGAGUUGUUGCCACGUCAUGCUAUCAAAGAUGCAAUCAAGUGGGUCCGCGAGUUGCAAUAGCUUCCCUACGUCACGCCUGGCCCCAAAAUGUGUAAUAAUCCCGUGGUGCUCUCCCGACGGAUGCUAUUUUCUCACAGGCGCCGCAACGCCACGGCCCCAUAAAUGUUGCGACGACGAUGACCGAUGUCGCAAGUGAGAGCGAGAGUGCGGGAGUUGGGAGUGGUGGCGGCUCGUCGGAGCUUGGAGAGAAGAUAAAGCGGUGCUCCGGUCGUCGAUGGCUUUCUGGCUGCCACCUCGAAUUUUCAUCAAAUGGCGGGAGGGACUAGACGAUCGGAGAAGCACUUGAGUGGUAUGUCAAACAGCUCAACGUCUUCUGAAGCAUCAUCAUCAACGUCGUCUGCCACCGAGCUCUCUUGUCUUCAUCCUGUCAUCAACCGCCUCAUCGGAGCUCUCGUUUGCGGAGAAAAGGCCGAGGGGUUGUCGGCUCCGUUUGAACACAAUUAGGGUGAGCUGGCGCCCAGUUUGUGCCGACGAAACGGGCGGCAGUUGACGGGAGACUCUGGAUCAUUGGCCCAAAACAUUUAUCUCGAGCUCUGUGAUAGCUGCGUCUCGUUAGACGGCUCGCUCUUUUCCCUCCUGCUCCCAGAUUUCUUCUUCCAAAACUCGAACCCUCGAGAAGUCGCACGAGAAGGGAACUAGAAAAAUAUUGGAAGCAGAAGAAGACGCGGGAGAAAAAGGAGGAGAGAAGGGGCCGAAUCUCGGAAAAACAAUCUGAAAGUGUUCUAGAUCCUACGAGGGGUUGUUUCAUUGUCUUUUAGUGAUCGGUUUGCCUUUGUAGGAGAGUGCGUGCUUCGUAAUUAUCACUCAAUUGUUUGCAUUUUGUUGUGUGACGUCGAAAGGUCGCCGCACUAGUGAUCAAAUUGUGUACAUGUCCGUGUUCUGAUAAGUCUACCAAACGUCCGUCCGUCAGCAUCCGGAAGAAUAGAUCAGAGAAAGGCCUUCUAAGACUCAGGUAAAUCGUUUCUAAUCUAGCUAGCUGAUUCGCGUUUCUAACUGGACCUAGUUAGGUUGCUAAUUUACUGCGAUUAGAUUGCAAAUUCUUCUAACUAGACUGAUAUAUUUUCUAAUUAGAUUGACAAAGCAAAAUGUUCCUAAUUAGAUUGCAAAAACAUUGAUACUAGAUAAAAAAUUCAUCUAAUUCGAUUAACCUUUCGGCCAAAUCUAGCUAGAUUCAGUUUAGAUUCCAUUUUCAUCUAACUAUAUUCGGAACUCGGUUUAGAUUACGAAACCUCCUAACUAGAUUACAAGCGAUUUAGCUGAGGAAUUGAAAGAAGUGGACAAAAGUGCAAACAAGAUACGAAAAAAUUUUGUGUUCAUUGACUGCAUCAUAGGCUCCGAGUGCAGUAGAUUUCACGUGAAUGCGUGUCAGUGUCCGCUCCGAUGAGCCCGUGCACCUCGCCAACAACCCUUCGGCCGCCUGAAACUACUCGUCUACGCACCAACGCUUGUCAUCGCUUAUCAGAGAGUCGAUGAGUUUAUCAGGCUGCAAACCGAUGCGUGCCUGAUCGACCAUUUUGUGUUGCUCACAAUGGUCGUGGUAGUGCCGUGUUGCGCUGCCUCUUCUGCCACCUCACCUCCUAAAUCUGUAUUCCUCAUCAACCUGGAAGAUGAAUCUCGACAGUUCAUGAUGUAAGUCAAAUCCAGAUGACGUUGAACUUCGGAUCAUCAGCUCUUUGCGGAGAGUUCCUGAUAUUUCCCUCGGCACAUAUCUUCUUCCCCCCAUUUUCACCUUAUUCUCUCGUAGCCUGAUGUAUGUCUAAAGAUCAACACUUUGUCCGAGUACAACAAUCCGUCUCCGAGUGAUGAUAUCAACAUCUUGCAAAUCCGAUAGGAGAACACACACCUUCAAAGAUGAUCGGGCCGUCCUUUCAUUUCCGGUCUGAUAGAAUGAUGAAUGAUGGUGUCAGCGUCCGCUCUCCAUCCUUUCUCUUCAGCUGCAACAGCUUCCGCCGAUCACAGACUUCGUUUCAAUGCUUUAAAAACCCCUCAAACAAAGAUCCAUUGCCACGGCGACAGAUAAAAUGGCGAUUAGCCGGGUGGUAAUAAGCGAAAGGGUAGAGGUGGUCAACGGGAAAGAAACAGUGUCGUCGUAGUGUCAUCUCGUGCGGCUAUUCAUUUCCGCCCACUUUUUUCGCCGUGUAUCUUCGCUGAUUCUGCUGCUGCAGGGCUGCUUCUUCUUCUUCACUUGGCGAUGAUAAUCGACUGAAUAGGCAAGAAGACCUCGCUCCAAACCUCGCCGACAGUCUUUGCUUCUGCAACCAAUUUCGCCGCUUCUGACGCCGUUGACCGCAUGAAUGACCACGAGAGUGACUACGAAGACGAAGCGGUAGUUGAUGUUGAGUUCGUUUUUCAUGUGCUCUUUUCUUUUUAUCCUAUCAUCCCCAAACUGCUUAUACAACUUCAGGUGACCUUGUUCUCAAAUCCAGGUUAUUUCUUCCAUCUUAAAAGUACCUCCUUACCCUUCCGACGGUCGCCGUGAAGUGCUUCGACUGCGUGUCUAAUGUAAACCUUCACAUGCAUUUCAUGCGAAUGUAUCUAGUUUCCAUUUCGUUCUUGAUAUUCAACUGAAAUCUCAGAGCUCUUCGAAGAUGGAGAGUAGGGUGAUUAGUGCUGACGCGCGAGUUUCCCGAAAUCCUCUGCCGUCUAAAGCCGUCGUCGUGUGCCCGUAUUAGUUGCUUCUUUCGUUGUUCUGCUUCCACCCUGUGCCAUCUCGAGUCUCUUCCAAUCUCUGCCCACUGCGCUCCUCGUUAUCCGUUGUUUUCGGCGCCAGCCAAAUCAUCGUCGCGCGAGAGUCUCCAAGAGAGCGUUCAUUUUCUCCCCAUCCAUGUCGACCACGCCUGGCUCUCCUGGACCACUCGCGUCGCCUGAAAUGCAAAGACGACGCAGUCAACGGCACCCUUCAGACACCCCUUCUUGCUUCGGCUCUUUCAAAAGUCUUUUCCUACGUGCACGCUCUAAUCGUCAGUGAGUUCAUUGUCGAAUCAAUCGUUAGAAGUACAUUCUUAGAGUUCAAAAAAAAUCGUUACUAGUACAGUAAGCACCCGGGAGCCCCCUGACAUCUCCUAUCCCUUUUGGUCCGAUUGAUCUUCUCUAAUCUGUGUGCUACGCGAAUCCCUCGCGUGCUUCAGGCGUGCGGAUUGCUCCGAUGUCUGCUCCCGCCGGUUCGCGACCCCAGGUGUUGGUCGAUCGAGGAUGGUUGGAUCCUCGCCCUGUGUGUAUGCCCCGUGUGACGUAGUGGUGUGUACGUUUGCGUGCGUGUGCCUCAUGUGUGCGUGCGUGUGUAUACAGACAAUUUCACGUACCGCGCCGCGCACAGGCGCUCGCGCCCUCCUCCCUCAACGAUUCGCUGUACGCGCGCUCGCGCUAGUACUUUCGUGGCCGCGCCGAAUAAAGGAUGGAUUGAGAGGGUAGAGGACGUCUGACGGGGUCGUCGGAGCACUGACAUACACACUCACACAUAAAGGAGACCCCCUCCGUUUCUUGCAAUUCGAUUGAGGGCAAACUAACAAACAAAUAUACCGGGGCCGCUUUCUUCUUUCUCUCCCUUCCUUCUUCUCUGAUCCUCUCCGUCCCGGAGUCUCUAGAUUCGAAGGGAGGCGCGGCGGGUCGUUGUCGUGUGUAUUCGGACUGCUGAUUUCACACCUCGGUUUCACACCUUCCCCAAAAUUCUCACUACUUUAUCAUUCCUCGUCCAAAAGUUGGCCGCCCCUUCGGACAAUCCUGCUGCCACGUCGUCCUCCUCCAGAAGGUCGUCAAGAAGGUUUGCGCCCUCUCCUGCUCUCCUCUGGCUUAUUCAGCACCAUUUUCUUCUAAUUCUUCUCCUUUUUCUUCUCUAGCUCAUUACAAAAAAACAUCGCUCUCUCUCUCUCUCUCCCGUCGGUUUUAUUGCCGUCUGGUAAUGGGUUUCAGAAGCGCAGGUCAUACGACCUUUUCGUUUUUGAAAAGAAGAAGAGGAGAAGAAGAAGAAGAAAGGAAGGAUCACAUGUGCCUUCGGAAAAGAUUAUGGCUAAACGCGUUUUGAAAGUGGUUCAACAAACCCCUCACAAAAAAUUGGCUGGCUUUUCUGAAAGCCAUCAGCAGCAGGCAGACUGCUCCAUUCGCCCUUUCCCGUCAAUCAUCUCCGUGCUGUCAUCUGCUCACCUUUCCGAAAAAACAAUCUUUUGAACGUUUCGCCAUCGCUGUUUUUUCUUUCGACUUCUACUUCAGUUGCUCCUGAAAGCAAUGACAAACAGAAAGGGGCGGAGCCAGGCGACUGGGCGGGUAGUAGUCUACUGCUCCGCCGGCUGCCGCAGCCGAAGCGUUGUGUUGCUCGGCAUUCCUGCUUCAGUUCGUCGUCUCCCUCUCUUCUGCCGAAUAACCCAUUUCAAACCUCCCACUCAAAUAGUCUGUAGUCUCUUCCGACGAUAUGUCGAUCUCGCUGAAUAACAACAAUAACCGGAGCGUCCGUCGAAAAUUCGGCGAGUCCGGAUUCACGUUUCGGUGAGCACACUGGCCUUUUGCACGUUGGUCCGAUGUUUCUGUUGUGUGCGUAAAAGUUGCGGGUUCGUGGGGACGAGACGUCGUCGACAAAAUGGAUGGGGUGGAUUAGAAGUCAUAUCUAUUUACGAGUUGGCUCACCGGCCGACGUCUUUUCGUCCUCCAUUCGUUUAUGUUUUCGCUUCAAAGCAUGGUUACACACAUAUAAUUAUAGGAAAAAACACCGAACCAAAAACGAAAGAGGCGGUGGUGGACUGAAAAAGAAAAUGGAAAACUCUGCAAAAUACGACCGAAUGCCUUUUUUGCAGACACGGCGACGACCUAAUCGUAACACCGUUUGCUCAACUGCUGGCCAGUCUCCGAAACGUCCGAUCCAAUCUGAUUUCGAUAUCCAACAUCCAGGUGAGCACAAUUUGGAAGAGAAGGGGAAGCCGGGGGUCCGAUCAAACACUUCUUCCUCUCACUACAUCUUUUUCCUGUUGAGCCUCAAUAACAAAACCCCUUUUCGUGGCCAUAACCAACUCCCCGAGGACAGUAUUUCAUGUUAUUCUGUGAGAGAGUCUCUUGUCCGACCAAAGACAACAAGUGGUGGCGAAAGAAGUAAUACUUUGGUUUCCUCGCUUCGCUAUUCCUUUCAACGACGCUCUCAUCCCUACACAAUGUUUCGGUAAAAGCAGAAAGGAAAUCUCAUCAUCUGAAAAAAAGCGAAAAUAUUGUGCAGAAGAGACACAAGGAUAUCUUCCUAGAAGGCUGGCGACGAUGCACAAUUUUCAGAAAAAAAAAAGAGAGAGAGAGAGUUCCUUCGCUAUCUUCUGUCGGCUCAGGGUUUUCGGGCACUGCAGCCGAGAGUCGCCGUGCAUGUACAUAUGUAAAUAGGAGCGGGACCCACGGAGACACUCUAGAACAAUGGGAAAGCUCUUUGGGAGCAAGCACGUGGUGCUGAAGAGCCGAAUGAAAACUCUCGGAUUUCAGAACAGCGACGACAGUCGACACGCCAACCGAAGUGCGAAGCGGCCGCCGUUGCACAAUACUCCGCUUCCAGACGAUGUGGUGCAAUGUGCACAUGACACUCUCGGUAAGCCCAUCAUUCCAUCAUGCGGACGAUCGGAGAGAGGUCGUAACUUUCGACAACGGCUGCAGCCGAUCGACUGUUCCGUCCGGUCCCCACCGGAAACUGUUUAUUGGCGCCACCGAGUUUACACGCAUGACCUGCCGAUAAACUGUACACUUCUGUGAUACCGCUUGCGCGUUCUUCUCCUCUUCUCGUCCAGUUUUUCCCGCAAUCUCGAUCGUUUCAGAAGAACUCGAUUGGUGUCUGGACCAGCUGGAGACAAUUCAAACGCAUCGAUCAGUGUCCGAAAUGGCGAGCAGCAAGGUGAGUGGCCCCUCGAGGCGUCACGCGCACUUCCUCCUUCUGCUCCCUUCUUUUUUUCUGCGGGACCUUGCUUGUCGCGGCACGCAGCUGUGCCCCCCACUUGUCCUCUUCCGUCAUCCGCCCCUCAUGUGCCCCCGAAUUCAAAUUCAAUCCGAGCAAAGACAUUGGCGGUUCGUGAGAGGCGGAUAACUCAAUCCCGAAGGCACUUGUCUUUUUUCUGAAGCAGAAAGAAGAAGGGAAGAGAGAGCUAUCUUUUGAGAAGGGGGGAAAACAGGAGAGUUACGGUAACCGAUAUCACUUUCGAUUUGAUUGCCCCUCAUAAAAUACGUUGAUGGAAUGGAGAGAGAGAGAGAAAUGGAAGAAACAGGGAUGAAUCCAGUCUGUCUCCACCACCGUAAUCGAUGUGUGGUCGAGAAAGUGCAGCUGGCAAUGCGCCAAGAUCUCUCGAGGCGGUUUCAAAACGAAUCACGUCAUUGGGCAAGAAUCAGUUUGUUUCCGGUGAGGUAUCCGACCGGAAACGAGGCCUGGGGAGUGAACGGGGGCGAAAAUGAACAUAGAUACACUCCAUUCACUUACUAGACAGUAAUCAAACUUUGAUAAUGAUAUCAAUUACAUUUCAAACUAGACAUUUAGAUAUAUUUUCUUGUUAUAACUUAUGACACUGUUCUACUUUGCAUUGAGACCUAUCAAAUGUAAACCACAAAAAUGAGAGAGUAGAAAUCAUACUAUAGUUCAGUUCAAAUCGUUCAUUUUGUACUUAAUUUCCGGAAGGACACCUCCAUAUUCUCUACGAAACCCAUCUAAUUGUCCCCGUGCGCAAGGCCCGCGCACAUCUUGUAUGAUAAGCGAGAAAAGGAAGUGCGUCGAUCACGGAGGGCGCCAGACGGCGGAGUGCUUUGGCUUCUAGUAGCGGUUUGCAAGCGCGACUUCCGGUGAUUGAUGCUGUAGAUUGAUGGUGUCAUUAUUUGUUAUAUACUUUAUGGUGAUAGGGGGGCAAGAGACGCAGUGAUAGUCGGAGCGGGGUGGAGAGAACAGGUUGCGGCGACGUCUUCGGCCCGGAGACGCAGAAGGAAAGCCCCUUCGUCUCCGUGUCUCUUGAUUUUUUAGCCGUGGCCUCCACUGACUGUUUUUGGGCGGGAUGGAGGAGGGGAGGGGACUUUCCAACUAAUUAGCAUCGCGCCACGCAAACAUAAUAUGAUAAUCGUCGGUGCGUUGCAGUUCCGCAAAAUGCUCAACAAGGAGUUGUCGCACUUUGCCGAGUCGUCGAAAUCCGGCACGCAGGUCUCCAAAUUUCUGAUCACCACCUACAUGGACAAGGAAGAGGACGAACCGUCGAUCGAGAUCGAAGUGCCCACCGAGGUGUGUUUGACGAUAAAAACAACAAACUGACUGCAUGUGUGGUAAGAACCUGUCGGGGGCGGGCUGCCCAAAAAAGAUUGUUCUUCAAAAAAUGGGCGAAGCAACACACAAUGAGUACAUCCGCCAUUCGCUCACUUUUAGUACUACUUUUGAUACGUUCAAUCGUGCGAAAAAAACAAUGUAUUCUGAAGACGAAGAAGAUCGAAACAACAAUUCGAUCGGUUCCGUGCACAAGGUACUGUAAUCUAGCCGCUUAUUGAUCACGCAGUUUUGCACGUUUCAAAGGUUUCGAAAAGAAAUUUAGAUGAGAAAAAGUAAUAUCUGAACCGGCUUCUCGAAUUGUCACGUCCCGGCCAGAACAGAGCGUCUCCUUCCUCCGACUGUGGUCACUUAUCUUUCUCUUUUUGCGCAUCGCUGACCACUCACUACACCUCUGUGAGACAAUUUUCGAAGGCUGUUCUGGCCGGCAAAACACUUCUUUUCUCCAACUAUGAUUUCUAUUCAUUCUACAUUCAACUGUUCAGAUUUCCUCCGGAAUGUCUUCAAAAACAUGGUAAACACGUUGCGCUUCUAUUUUCAAAGAUCAGCCACAUGCCAAAUCUAGAACCCUUGCCCUGGCUGUCCAUUCAUCAAUUAUCCUUUUACAGGUGCAAGGACCUUCCACUUCUGGUCCGAUGACAUUGUCAAUUCUGAAGAAGGCACAGACGGCUGCAAUGAACAAAAUCUCCGGAGUUCGGAAGCUCCGUGCUCCGUCGCAUGACGGUCACGUGCCCGAGUACGGUGUCAACUGCGCCCGAGAGAUCGCUGUGCACAUGCAGCGGCUCAACGACUGGGGACCGGACGUCUUCAAAAUCGACGAGCUCUCCAAGAACCACUCGCUCACCGUCAUCACGUUCACUCUCCUUCGUCAACGGAACCUCUUCAAAACUUUCGAGAUUCAUCCAUCAACUCUGGUUACCUACUUGCUCAAUUUGGAACAUCAUUAUCGGAGCAAUCACUAUCACAACUUCAUUCAUGCGGCCGACGUGGCACAGUCCAUGCACGUGUUGCUCAUGUCUCCGGUGCUCACGGUACUGCUCCCUUUCCCACUGUACCUGCUAAUGCUGCUCUUUCAGGAAGUCUUCUCUGAUCUUGAAGUGCUGGCAGCUAUCUUCGCCGGUGCGAUUCACGAUGUCGAUCACCCGGGAUUCACGAAUCAGUACUUGAUCAACUCGAGUGAGUACUUCCCUAUUUCCCCGCGUAACAGCCAAAAACACCUGACAGUGUCUUGAAUGAUCUGCAAAAGAUCACAGCUAGUUGGGCCAAUUUUCGAUCUGAUAGACUUUCGGCUGAUUGAACGAUUGCAGAUAACGAGCUCGCAAUCAUGUACAACGACGAGAGCGUCCUCGAGCAGCACCAUCUUGCGGUCGCAUUCAAGUUGCUCCAAGACUCCAACUGCGAUUUCCUCGCCAAUCUGUCCAGAAAACAACGGCUGCAAUUCCGCAAAAUUGUCAUUGAUAUGGUAAGUGGUGAUAGUGGCUGUGGUGGCCCCGACCGGAAGUGUCACAAUGAAUUAGGAAAAUGCGGACUUGCUGGCUGCGUGUGUUUGUUUGAAAAGUGACAACAUACAAGGCCUCCGUUGCGAUUAGUCAUGAGUGGAUCACGUGCGGGACGGAAACGACGGUCCGCGGGCGCCGUUUCGAACUGCAAUUCGAUUAUCCGAUUGUUACAGGUACUCGCGACGGACAUGUCGAAGCACAUGUCUCUGCUGGCCGAUCUGAAGACGAUGGUGGAGGCGAAGAAGGUGGCCGGAAACAAUGUGAUCGUGCUGGACAAGUACAAUGACAAAAUACAGGUUUGGAGGAAACUCUUUGAAGAUCAAAACGCUAAUGUUCGCAUUCUGCAGGUGCUGCAGUCCAUGAUCCAUCUGGCUGACUUGUCGAAUCCGACGAAACCGAUUGAGUUGUAUCAGCAAUGGAACCAGAGGAUAAUGGAAGAAUACUGGAGGCAAGGAGACAAGGAGAAAGAGCUCGGACUCGAGAUUUCGCCCAUGUGCGACCGAGGAAAUGUGACCAUCGAGAAAUCACAGGUAACACUCGUACUACGAUUGGUUUCAGCCUUGAACGGAAUGAUUUCAGGUCGGAUUCAUCGACUACAUUGUCCAUCCACUAUACGAGACAUGGGCUGAUUUGGUGUAUCCAGAUGCACAAAAUAUUCUCGAUCAGCUGGAAGAAAACCGUGAAUGGUACCAGUCAAGGAUACCGGAAGAGCCGGAGACGGCUCGGACGGUGACGGAAGAAGACGAGCACAAGUAG